AAAAUGUUUAGUAAGCGGUUCGUUUGAUACAAUAACUGACUUUAUGGUGAAACCAGAAGGCAUAUGAAUUCCUUCCGAAUAAUAAUAUGUUAUUUUUGAUAUCAAUGAAAUAAUCGUAUAUAGUACAGUUUACAAAAUGUUCAUUAAAAAAUAAUAAAAUAUCAUGAACGUUUUUUGUUUCAUUGUGACUGUAGAAGCGAUACUUGUGCCCUCUGUGAUCUAUGAUAAAGUAAUUGUUUCGUUGUAAAUGUAAUGAUAGAGAGUAAAUUACCAACGUGUUUCUAGUUUCAAUUUUAUUUUUGUGAUUUGGAUGAAUAAGUUUAGUGUGUAAGCAUAACUACAGUUCCAGUCUAGCAGCAUACCCUGUCUUCUCUGGUAGUUGUUAAACGCGUGCUUAUAUAUGAAUUGUUACAGAUAAGCUAUAGUGUUAGGCUUAACUGUUUUUUGUUGUUUUUUUUAUGUUUAGUAUAUCCUACUGUAGUUAAUGUUAGGUCUACUGGUACUACUAAUUGUAGAAAUAUUGUACUUUUUACAGUUUUAGUGUUACUUAGAGUUUAUACGUACACAGUUAUAGCGUAGACUGUGUUUGAGGGUAGAGCUUUUAAGUUUUAGAUGUAAAUAUAUUUAAUAGUAAUAGAAGUUCAAGUUUUGCCUCAGAAUUUUAAGUGUACGAUGUUCUCAGAUCUGAAUGUUUUUCUUGAAUGUGAAAAGAAUCUGCCGAAGAGGAAAUUUAUUUUAGUUACAAAUGAUCACCGUUCUGACUCCAGUUUUGUGCUCCAUAACAUGAUUUCUCUGUUUCUGAAGAAUAGUUGUCCUGUCAUUCUGGUAAACAUUGCACAAUCUUUUAAUCAUUACCACAAUGUUGCAUUGAAACUUGGAAUUAACUUGAAGAAAGUUGUGGAAGAAGGGAAACUUCUUUGUGUUGAUGGAUUGAAGUUAUUGAAUGCUUUAAUUGAGUCAUAUUUUGAAGAACAAAAUUGCUUGAACAAUCCAUUUUCUUUUAUUAUGAAUUGUAGAGAGCACAGUUUAAUGGAAUUGUACUUGUCCAUCAAGAAGAAAGUUGAAAUGUUAGACAACAGUAGCACUAAAGAUUUGAAUUUUUUAAUUCUUAUUGAUGAUUUCUCAAAUCUUCAGAGUCUUGGUGCUAGUAAUAUUGAAGUGAUAAACUUUAUAAAUUAUUGCCAUUCCCUUAUCCUAAGAAAGACAGGAGGGUGCUUGGUGAUAGGAGGUAGCGUGGAUUUUGAUGAUGAAGACAGCCAUGUAUUGUUGAACUGCAUAAGUCACUCCUCUGACACGUGUAUCCAAAUAAAUGGACUAUUAACAGGACAGAGUAGAGAUGUGGAUGGUGAGAUAACAGUUACAGAAAAAUCUGGCAAGUUAUCAAAGAAAAUUAUGCAGUUUAAAGUGGAAGAAAAAAGUGUGAGGUUGUUUGCUCGUGGUACGUGUUCAGCAGUGUUGUGAGUGUUAACUUUUCCCAAACAAGGAGAAGUUGGUGAUUUAUACCAAAUGAAAACAUCAAUAUAAUGAACUUGUUUAUCACCUCAAUGUGUUAUGAUAACUUUAUUGGUGUAUAAUAGCCUAAUGGUCCUCUAGUGGAUGGACUUUACUGGUGUAUAAUAGCCUAAUGGUCCUCUAGUAGAUGGACUUUACUGGUCCAUC